CAAACAGACAAGCUUCUUUUAGUGCCUGGAUUAUACAAUUUAAGUGAGGAAUGACUGCAACCAGACUGCUAAUUCAAGAGACCUGCCACAAAACAAACAAAGAGCUAAGAAUACUCUUACCCUGACGAUGGGUAGCCUUCUCUCAGACUUGGUUCAGUAUCGGAAACUAUUUCUAAUGAUUUUUGUAUUGGGAAUUGGUGGAACUUUCUCAUAUGGCUUCCAAGUUUCUAUGAUCAGCUAUCCUUCCAUGUACAUCAAGAACUUCAUCAAUGACACCUGGCAAGAGCGAUACCACUCUGUCAUCGAUGAGCAGACCCUCACACUACUAUGGUCUUUCAUUGUCUCUACCUUUAGCGUUGGGGGAUUCUUGGGAUCCAUCAGUUCAAGAUACCUGUCUGCAAAAUAUGGAAAAAAGAAAUGUCUAACGUUCAAUAAUCUGCUCCUGAUAGCAGCUGCAUUUUUCUGGGGCUUCAGUAAGAUAGCAAAGUCCUUUGAGAUGAUUUUGAUUGGACGUUUCCUUUGUGGUUUAUAUACAGGUUUGAGUUGCUGUUUACAUGGACAGUAUUUGGCAGAAAUUUCCCCUAAGAAGCUGCGUGGAUUUACAACUGCCACUCUCUCUCUUUUUGUAAACAUGGGGAAAUGCUUAGGGCAAAUUGCAGGACUAAGUGAACUUUUAGGAACUGAAUCCUUGUGGCCUUUACUGAUGGCUAUCGGUGGAAUCGCAGCAUCGAUGCAGCUGGUCACUCUCCCAUUCUUCCCUGAAUCUCCACCCUACCUCCUGAUGCAAAAGGGAGAUAUGGAAGGCUGCCAGGAAGCUUUGAAGCAGCUUUGGGGUGAAGGGAAUCAUCAAGGAGCAAUUGAUGAUAUGGUGAAGGAGCAGGCUACAAUGAAAAAAAUCAAACCCAUGAAUGUCCUGGAACUCCUAAAAGACCGAUCCUUGCGAUGUCAGUUGUGUUUAUUGAUCCUCAUUGGUGUUACCAUGCAGCUUAAUGGUAUCAAUGCAAUCUAUUUCUAUGCCUUUGAUGUGUUCCAUACAGCUGGAUUUACUCAAGAUCGUAUCCCCUACAUAACUCUGGGAACUGGGACCUGUGAGUUCUGCGCUGCCAUACUGUGUAGCCUCAUCAUUGAUAAGUUUGGCAGAAGGAUGCUGCUGUUGUGGGGAUAUGGACUGAUGGCUUUGAUACUCAUGCUCCUCACAACAACUCUCUCCCUGCAGCAUCAGUUCUUCUGGAUGCCCUACUGCAGUGUUGCUCUGAUUUUCCUGUUCAUUAUCAUCUUUGCAACUGGACCAGCUGGAGCUUCAUUCCCAAUCAUGGUUGAACUCUUCACCCAGUCAUCCAGAUCAUCCGCAUUAGUGAUCUCCAUGUCUCUACACUGGGUAGGACUCUAUGUGAUUGGGAUGAUUUUCCCAUACGUAGUGGAAAGCCUCGGUACCUUCUGCUUCCUCAUUUUUGUGGGCUUCAUUUCGAUCGCAUGGAUUCUCAUCUACAGGUUCCUUCCAGAAACAAAAGGCAAAUCAGUCAUGGAAAUCAAAGAGGAAUUCAGUCAUUUAAAUGCCAAGAAGAAAUGUGCCCAGGCCAUGGGAGAGAAUCCCUCUGACAAAUGUACCAAGUUAUGACUGGACAGAAGAGGAGUAAUUUCUUAAAGGGACAGAAAAUGGUGUCAUACACAAAUGAAUAUUUAAAAAAGAGUGUUAGCUUUAAAUAUUACUCCUAUUAUUCUAUAUUCCAUAUUCAUUUCUUCAUGCAAACAGACUUCAUAGAAGAUCACCCCAUGUGAUUCUAUAACACAAGUGUCUUUCAGUAUCUAAUGGACACCAUCACCAGUUACAUAGUAAUGUGCAUUUCAUGUUAAGAUUCCAGUUUACAAAAAAACAAAUCAAAUGUGUACUUGCAUACUUUGAAAGUCACCCAAACCUUAUUUCUGCCCAUGUAAGGACACUAAGACAAUUUGACUUUGCAAUAUAUACACAUUAUAGAUAAUAAAUAAGAUGGUUUAUAUGCCUGAA